CUUGGGAGAGGAGGGUCCUUCCGAAGCACACAGUUGCAACAAAUCUCCAGGGCAGUGGAGUUGCAAGGGCAGUGGCUUUGCUGGUUUCCAAGAAAUCUUCAGCUGCCAUGGGUGGGCGAGACAUCCCACUCCUAUCUGCAAAAGGAAAGAUUGGGAAGGCGUGCGCCCUUUGCCUGGGAAUUGCCACUGUCCUUUUCCUGUUUUGCUUUGUUGUUUUCCUGAUUUUGUACACGCAGGAGCGCCACGAAAAGACAAUUGCCCAUCAGGCUCUGGAAAGCAAAUCCCGGGAAAAGGAUGCCAUGUGGAUACAACUGCUGUCUAGCAAUCAGACCCUGAUUGAAACAGAACGUCUUCUGGAGAUGAAGAAAAGGGAAAACGAAGACCUCAAGUGUACCUUGGCCACCACUAACCAGACUUUAGGAGAAAAGAUACGGCUUUUGGAGGAGGCAGAACAGGAAAGGUCCCGGUUACAGGAGCAACUGGGAAUUGUGAAGCACAACCUCACAACGAUGGAAGGGCACUGGAACUCCUGCCAGGCUGAGCUGCACAUCAUUCACGAAAAUAUUACAUUUUUUGUGGCAACAAUCACCCAACAAGCUGCAGAAGGACAGAAACUCAAAGAUAUAACUGAACAUCUUCUGGAGCAGCUCAGCAGCAAAACAACGCAGUUGGCAGAUGCAAAGCGUGAAUUCCAAGAGGAACGAAACAAUUUUGACAGAUAUCGGCAAGAGGUUGCAAAGCAGGCACAAGAAAAUGAUAUCCCAUGCAACAAAGGCAUCCUUAGUGAUUUCAACCUGGUUUUUCUGCCCUUCAUCCUUGGUGAACUUCUCCUCUUCUUAUAAUCUGAUUGAUAGGAGAUGGACAUUUCAGCCUCUUUUCUCUGCACUUCUGUGAUGGACAGUUGGUUUGGGAGGUUACUCCUCCACUCUUCAAAGCCCUUCUAACUGUUGGAGGUGUAACUGUGGGUUCAAACGGCUUAUCACCAUUUUAACACUAAAACAGGUUGUAUUCACUUAAAGGCCAGCAUUUGCCUGUCUCUCGCGCACUCCUGGAAAAUAAAAACUGGUAUCUUAUUUCUCCUGCUGGGUUUCUCCUGUUUUGGUUUUGAUAUAUACUGGAAUCUCUUAUGGGGUGCAAAAAGUUGGAAAACUUUUCCAUGAAGUACAAAAAUGCAGAACACUGUCAAGCACCAGGGAAAUCAGGGGAUUCCGGCAGUUCAAAGGAAUAUAAAGGUUUAUUGCAAGCUUAAGUUCUCUACAAGAAUCUGAUUAACUAAUGGUCAAAGGAAAUGAGUGGGAGAUAAGAGAGGAAUUCAAGGUGGGCUGGACUUAGAUCUCUUAUGGGCCCGCAGCGACUCAUGACUUAUGAUGCGUUUGACCCCUCCCUCAGGUUAGCCUGAUCAUCUCCUACAAAAACAUCAUUCAUGGGCCAUUGGCAAAGUGUUACUGAAUUUGUGUCUACUAUGUGAUACCAAAGGAGAGAGAGAAUGUGUGUGUUGGAGCUCAGGACAAUUUGACAUUGACUUCUAAGCAGCCAAUAUGGGCAUGGGGCCCUGUUCCAUCUCCAAAUGCCUUGUAUUUGGUCUACUUGAGCACUGACGAUGUAAGCUUAGUAUGGCAAUGAAACAUCUGCAAGAAAACCACCAAGCUCGGAGAGCACCAAGGACCCUACAAUUCAACCCUGAGCUAGCCAUUUGUAAGGCUUUGAAGUCGCAUUUUGCCACUUUGGACAUCUAGCUGCAUAGUAGAAUCUGCUCAACGGUUGCAUUAAAUAUGGCAAAUUUUCUUUAUUUUGGCUGCUGAUUACAUUAUAUGGUUUUUUAAUAUAUUUGAUAUGGGGUUUAUGUUUUAUAUGCUUUUUCAAUAUAUUUUGUUUAUUGUUUGGGGUUGCGUUUAGUCGUAUAGUUGAGAUAGGCAGUUAUACAAAUUGAUAUAUUGGUAAUAUAUAAACAAACCAGGACUACUUGGAAUAGCCAUACAAUACCAAUAGUUCAGGAGCUACGCUGUUAACGGUUUGUUUCCUGGUACUGGUUUGUUGUGACUGAUUAUUGUUCUCAUUUGCUUUUUCCAAUCUGUAGAAUGAAAGAAAAAAAGUCAGCAAGGAACAAUUACAAAGCAAUCCAAUCAAGCGAGCUCAGAAUCCAGUAAACAAGUAUUAACCCUAAAACAACUAGCAACGCUUUAAAACAAUGUACCUUUGAAGCUGGAAAAAUAAUCACUUUUAUAGCCUCCCUUCCUUAUGGAACCUGGCUAUUGGGCAGUUGCUGCUCCAGCUCCAAGGUAGACCUAGGUCAGGAGUAGGCAACCUUGGCUCUUUUAUGACUGGUGGACUUCAACUCCCAGAAUUCCUGAGCCAGCCAUGCUGAGGGGAAAUGGAAAGGUUUCUAAGCUGAGCCAUGCUGGCUCAGGAAUUCUGGGCGUUGAAGUCUACGAGUCAUAAAAGAGCCAAGGUUGCCUAUCCCUGACCUAAGGUUACCAAACAUUCAUCAAAAAGAGGGCAGGUCCUCCUUUUUCUCUUCAUAUCGUUUGUCUGGUAGUCAUAGCCUUAAAAUCAAAUAGUGUCUCAAUCUUUUGAGCCUGGAGGAACCCUUAAAACAUUUUUCAAGCUUCAAGGAAUCACUGUACACUCAGGCUCAAGAAUGGGCCAGAGGUUACCAAAUAUUAUAUUCAUUUCAUAGUAGACCUGUAUAUGCAUCAACAGUGUUCUUAAACUAAAAAUAAAGAAACUUUUUCCUUU